GGCUGGGGCUGUAGUCGUUAGGUGGCCUUGGGCUGGGCUGCGGAGGCUUUUCAGGGCGGAGGAUCAAAGUGAGGCUGCGGCGAAGCGCCGGGGCCUGACCGACCGACCGACCGACCGACGGUCGGACUGAUAGCCGCCGGGUCCUCGCCGCUGCUAAGGGCUGGGGGGCGAGACCUGAAAAAUGUCUGGAUUUCUGGAAGGCCUUCGAUGCUCAGAAUGCAUUGAUUGGGGAGAAAAGCGUAAUACUAUUGCAUCUAUUGUAGCUGGAGUUCUGUUUUUUACAGGUUGGUGGAUCAUCAUAGAUGCAGCUGUUAUUUAUCCCUCUGUGAAAGACUUCAACCACUCCUACCAUGCCUGUGGCGUAAUAGCAACUCUCGCCUUCCUCAUGAUUAAUGCAGUGUCCAAUGGACAAGUCCACGGUGACAGUUAUAGUGAAGGGUGCCUGGGUCAAACAGGUGCUCGAAUUUGGCUGUUAAUUGGAUUUAUGUUGGCCUUUGGAUCUCUGAUUGCAUCUAUGUGGAUUCUCUUUGGAGGCUAUGUCGUUAAAGAAAAACCAAUAGUGUACCCUGGAAUUGCUGUUUUUUUCCAGAAUGCAUUUAUCUUUUUUGGAGGCCUGGUCUUUAAGUUCGGCCGCACUGAAGACUUAUGGCAAUGAAGAGGCCUGAUUUCCCUCAGAAGCCCUGCUUGGCUUUUUUGUUGUGUUUUGUUUUUAUAGCUCACUCCCAAUCUUUUGUAAUACCAUUUUAUAAAUGAAUAUCUUUUUGGGUGAACAGUGACAAGUAGAUUAAAAAGUGGAGAAAAGUGUUGAGUUACAAGAAACUCAAAGUUAUGGAACACUCUGAAAUCAUGAACUUAAAGGGUUUUAUAUAUAAUAUAUAUAUAUAUAUAUAUAUUAUUCUGUCAAGUAAGUACUUGAUGCAGUUAUGAAGUGUUAAUGGAAAAUAUUUCACCAAAGUGACUUUGGUCAAGUUUUGUCAUGAUGUAACUCGUUUUAAAAGUAAGUGAAGGCGCAGGUAGGUGGCGCAGUGGAUAGAGCAUUGGCCCUGCAUUCAGGAGGACCUGAGUUCAAAUCUGGCCUCAGACACUUGACACUUACUAGCUGUGUGACCCUGGGCAAGUCACUUAACCCCAAUUGCCUCACCAAAAAAAAAAAAGUAAGUGAAAGAACAAUCUAGGGAAAUAAUUAUGGAUGCAUAUGUAUUUGGCAUCAUGUCAGAGGUCCAAAAUUGCAAUUAAAAGUGCUUUAAAA